GCCAGAAGUCCCUUUGGGGGGACAUACUACCAAAGGUCAGAUCUUAGGGUCAGAAUGGCAUCGCGUUCGUGCCUCUAUCUGUUGGUGUUCGUCUCGUUGAUUUCCACAUCUACGGCUGCUGUGCAUUUCAAGAGUUGGUAUGGACAAUUCCGACAGGUCUUCGAGCACAUCAUGGAGAAUGAUUGCCAGGCAGAGUAUCAAAGUUACUUACAGAAAGUUGCUCCGAAGGACUAUCUGAGCGAAUAUGUCACGCCAGUCAUCGACUGUAUCCUGGAAAAUCUGAACGAAACACGCAAGUCCAACAUGGCGGCCGCCGCAGUGUUGCUGGGUCUGUUACCGACAACUCUAGGCCUUGUUGGCUCUACCACAGUAGAAGUCGGCCUCGUGGCACUGAGGCGGCCUUUUCUCUCCUUCCUGCUCGCAGCCGGGGCGCCCGCUGUCUCGCCAAUCCGCACAUUCGAUUACAUUGACACGACAGAGCUGCUGGAAAGGAAACCCAAGACCGUCAGGAUCAAGCAGAUGAGUCGGCCGGCGGGCUUCUGCGUCUCUCUUUUCCAAUAUGUCAUGGCAGCCGCAGCGGUCGUCAACCUGGCUUUUGUGAGCUACGAGAUCUGCGUGCGUACCAUCUGUUCCUUUGCCCCCGAGACUGCCUACCUCCCGGCACUGUGGGCAUUUCUGGCCGUUGCUGUGCACUUCUUUGGGACGUGGUCAGUCUAUUGUCGAACCCGGAUCUCCAUCAAGCCCGACGAGAAGACGCCCGCGGGACUGUGGCAGAUGAUAUCCGCAGAAUUCACGCCUUCUGCGUCGCGACAAGGGGCGGAUCUGGAGAUCAAGGAGGAGACGUAUCUGUACAUCUUCCUCUCCUGGUUCACCGCCACGGGCACCGUGCUGCACAUUGUGUACGGGACGCUCGUCUUUUCGAGCCUCAUCUUCAUCUCCACCAGCGACGCCACGGCCGUGGUGGCGAGGUAUCUGGCGUCCACCCUGGUCUGCCGGGCGAUCGUCAUGUACGAGCUGAGUGGGCUGCGAGAGGUGUUGAGUAGUGAUCGGAGAAAGGACUCGCACGGGGGGUCCGAGCUCAUACCGAUGGAACCGACUUCGGGCACGAUGUCGCUCGGCGACCGUCUCGGGGGCGUUUGGAAGCGGGGGCCCUUGAGCCGCACGGAAGAGUGGCAGUUGCUGCGCGGAGCAGACAGGCCUGGGGAAGCGUGA